UUUUCCAGCCUGACCUGUGAGGGUCUAGGAAGCCUCACACAAUGUAGAUGCCCAGUGUUAACAAUAAUUACUGUUAAUCCUCAGGCUGGGAGAUUUGGAUGGAGGAUUUGGGACCGGGAGAACUGGAUCCAGGCGGAGCUCCAUCAAACGGGAGGAGGCGAGUUCCUUUUUUUAGCACUGUCAAUCAGCUUUAUCGGUAUUUUAAACCCCCUGCAACGUCAGUGCUGCUGAAGCUAAGAAGCAUUCUAUACGCAAAAACCGAGACUCUGCUGUGCCCGACCGCGCUGCGUUUUCAGCAGCUCGGUUCCCCUUGCUGGGACAGAGCAAGGACGUGGGAAUUGCAGGCAAUUGCUGAACUGCUAAGUGCCCUGCUGGUUUGCCUUGCAUUCCCCUGCCUCUCCCGUCUGAGAAAUCCCUGCACCCUCCCAGACUGGAAACAAGCAGGAGGGGAUGAAAUCCAGUAUGUGCAGGCUGAGCAAGGGGAGGUGCAUGUGAAAGGGAUGUAAAUAAAUGGUCCUGGAUACUCCCCCCCAAGCCCCGUGGGAGGAUCUCCGAGUGCUUUGGCAAGGGGAGAGCAGGGGGACUGGCCCCUCCUGGAGCCGGUAGGAAAACUGAGCCGCAGAGUCGGUCCAAGGUCACCACGGUGCAGGUUAGCUUGAGUAUCCUGUCUCCGAAUUCCCCGCAUGAACCAGCGUCUCCUGAGCACGUCAGUGCAACCUUGGCCCGGGGGCAAUGCAGAUACCGGCAGGGAGCCUUUUGCAUUCAGCGCCGCCUGGGGGAGUGUGGUUUGAUAAGCUGGACAUGGUGUGUCUGAACGAGCCUGUUUUCACCCACCUCCUGCUCCCUCGCUCAAAGGAGAAGCAUCCGCACGGCGCUCGCUACAGACGGGACGGGACUUGUUCAAGCCAGGCACAGCGUUACUAUUGGGGGGCAUCACGUUGCCUGUAUCGAUGUAACACCCGCCAGGGAGAACCAAACCUGCAGCCCCUGGAACUCAGGGCGUGAGCCUCUGCAGCUGGAGCUCAAAGCCACCUGGCUCCCUGCUAAGGCUGCAGGGCAGACGCCUCUCGCUCUGUCAGUGGUCUCAGGGCCACUGCGUGGGCCAGCGAGCCACCCCCUGUCGGUGCGUGGGACAUUCUACUGGCAGGCACGAAGACAGAGCAUCUGCCCCAGGAUAGUGUGGUCAGGUGCUUUGCUAGCAGCCAGGCCCCUCCAAAGCCACCCGUGGGGCAUUACGUACAUCACGGAGGCCACGUCUUCAGUACGCAGAUGGACACUGCUGCCAUCGAGCUUCUGAAGUUCGGUUUAGUGGGUCUAGCACAGGGCUACUCAACCGUGGAAGCCCCGGGGGGCCACAGCACACACCGAGGGCCACAGCUUAGGUGUGGUUGCAUAGAUAUGCACAUGCAUAUGCAGAUAGCUUCUUUCACCCUGGCGGGCAUGAAUACAAAGCACUUCCCACAAUGCCCCGGGGCUCCCGGCACCUCCCUGGGGGCUAGAAACGCCGACACCCUGCACCUGUCUGGUCCAGCCGGCCUGUCCGCUGGCGUCUUUCAGUGCUCACCCCGCCUGGGAACCGCCUCGCCAUUGGGGAGCGCGUUCCCAGUGGAGGCCACGUUCAAAGGAUCCCACCCACGGGCCGUGUGUUGAGCCCCGCGUGAACCCAAACCGCCCCGCGGGCCGUGCGCUGAGUAGCCCUGGCCUAGCAUUUGUCCUGUCAGCCUCCCGCUGUGGAGACGGCGCGGAAACUCGAAAGAAGGUGCCUCGACUCCGCCGCGUAAUUGCCACAGCCGGAGCCGAGUGUCUGGGUCGGACCGUCCUGAGCAGCGGCCCUUCCUGAUUCGCUCAUUCGCAGGGUAAGAACAGCCUUGAAAACCAAGUCCUGCCUCGGGAGGCCCGGAGCACGGCCACCGUCACCCGGCUCCGGCUGUAGGCCUGGCAGUGCCCUUGGGUUCUGCAGCCUGUCCCAAGGGCUCAGAAGGUAUUAACCACCGAUUGUGCACUAAGCGUGUUAUCCCCAGACAGCUGAUCCAAUCACGCUGGUAGAUUACUUGGAAGACCUUAAUACAAACCAGAAACCGUCCUGAACGGUCCAGAGACCCGGCAAUGGCGGCGAUGAAGACGCUCCUGGCCCUGGUCAUAUUCACCUCCCUGGCGGCAGAAAGGACAGCGCUCAGGUGUCACAGCUGCAUCGCCGCGAGCGAGGCCGACUGCAACCAGCAAGGCUCCCAAAGCUGCCCACAGGACGCCCAGGCCUGCGUCACCAUCACUGCCACAGAGAGCGUCAUUAAAUCUUGCUCCUACAAGUCCUUCUGCGACCAGGCGAGGCCCCGGCGGGCGAGCGGGGCCACCGUGAAAUGCUGCUUCAGCGACGACUGCAACGGGCCCCAGCGAAGCACCAGCGCUGGGACGCGGAACACGGGGGACGCGACCCCGUUUCACUAUCCCAUCUUCCUCCCGGUGGCAGUGGUUGGGAGGCUGCUGCUGAGUUCGCUGUGACGCGGUGGCGUUACGAAAGCUCGGCUCUUGCACCAGUAAAGGAAAUGCGACACGCCGGGGGAGCUGUCAGACCCGCGUACCUGCGAGCUGCAGUGCUAGCUGUUGCUAAACCCUUUAGCAGCCCCGUUUGCCCUAAUUUCUUCUGGCUCUAGCGCCAGGGGGUCUCUGUUUUCUGCUUAAAUCACCAGACAGCCGCCAAAUAAACUCAGCAGUGGAAAAGCGCCUUCGCAGACCCUGCCGUCCCUUCCACAGCGAAGUGGGAAGCCAGCCCCACACCAGGGCCUGGGCCUGCUCUUGAGCUGCUGAGUAACGAGGCUCUCAGCUGGGCCAGGCGUGUCGGAGUGCUGCAUGGUGCGCCGCGCCGCACAGCGCUCCUGCAGGGACGCAGACACCCAGGGCCAGGUCUCCCAAGUCUCAGGCCAGGUCUGCCUGGUGGGGGAAGGUCGAAUUAAGAACCGUAACUCCAGCCACCUUCAUUACGUGGCGGGAGUCGACGUGCCUUCAUCUGAGGUUCCCACCAUCCCCCUGGCUGGAGGCCGACGGGUGCAAACGCUCACGCCGGCCUCUCACUCCUUGUAGGAGCAGGACUCGCAGGGUCCCAGGGCGGCAGAGACCUGGGGAGGCACC